AAUUGAAUUAUUUUGGCCCUGUUCUCUCAUAUAAAAAAUGCGCUCACGCAGCAGCUGGUGACGUAGAGAGCUUAAAAGAAAAGCUGUGAUUGGUCUAUUCAAGUCUCCUCCAAAUAUACAAAGGACAGUUUGGCCAAUCAGUUUGUUGUAUGAGAGUCAGACAAUAAGGUGUCUUGCUAUUGGUGGAAAGAAAAUUUUGCCGCGCUUUUCGCCUAUUUCAUCUGGGUUCCCGCGCACUGACACACAUUGUGAACAAGAGGUGAGGUGGGUGGAAGUGAACAACAUUGUGUGGCAGACAUUUGUCUACUUUUACUCCUCCAACGGCUUGAAAUGUCUCAGCAGGCAGAGAAGAUGUGGUCCAAGAUGUAUGUCCUGAAGCGAGAUGGGCGUCAAGAACCAGUUAUGUUUGACAAGAUUACCUCGCGCGUCCAGAAACUUUGCUAUGGACUCAACAUGGAGUUUAUUGAUCCGCCGGCAAUCACCCUGAAGGUGAUAAAUGGACUUUACUCUGGAGUAACAACAGUGGAGUUGGACAACCUUACAGCAGAAACUGUUGCCACCAUGACCACCAAACAUCCGGACUACGCUGUUUUGGCAGCAAGGAUCGCUGUGUCGAACCUUCACAAGGAGACCAAGAAAUGUUUCAGUGAGGUGAUGACUGAUCUGUACAACAUGGUUGACAAGGAGAAUGGACUGAAGAUUCCAAUGAUUGGUGAGAAAUAUUACAAGAUAAUAAUGGACAAUGCAGAUAAACUGAACUCUGCCAUCAUCUAUGACCGAGACUUCUCCUACAACUACUUCGGCUUCAAGACUCUGGAACGUUCUUAUCUACUGAAAAUUGGUGGGAAAGUAGCAGAGCUUCCCCAACACAUGCUGAUGAGGGUGGCAAUAGGUAUCCAUGGCGAAGACAUUGAUGCUGCCAUUGAGACGUACAACUUGUUAUCGGAGAAAUGGUUCACUCAUGCAUCACCAACUCUAUUCAAUGCUGCUACUUGUCGGCCACAGUUGUCAAGCUGUUUCUUGCUGACAAUGAAGGAUGACAGCAUCGAAGGUAUUUAUGACACCUUAAAGCAGUGUGCGCUCAUAUCGAAGUCGGCAGGAGGCAUUGGUCUCAACGUGCACUGUAUCCGAGGCACUGGGAGCUACAUUGCCGGUACUAAUGGUACAUCUAACGGCCUGGUGCCUAUGCUCCGAGUGUACAACAACACAGCUCGUUAUGUUGACCAGGGAGGGAAUAAGAGGCCAGGUGCGUUUGCCAUAUACCUGGAGCCCUGGCACCCAGACGUCUUUGAUUUCCUAGAAUUACGCAAGAACACUGGUAAAGAAGAACAGAGGGCCCGUGACCUGUUCUUUGCCCUGUGGAUCCCUGACCUCUUCAUGCGACGUGUGGAGGAGGGUGGAGACUGGUGCCUGAUGUGCCCUCAUAAGUGUCCUGGUCUACAUGACACUUGGGGUGAGAAAUUUGAGGAGCUGUAUAUGAAGUACGAGAAAGAGGGACGCUACAUUCGUAAAGUGCCGGCUCAUAAGCUGUGGUAUGCCAUCAUUGAAUCGCAGGUAGAGACAGGUACUCCCUACAUGCUGUAUAAGGAUGCUUGUAACAGCAAGAGCAAUCAGCAGAAUCUUGGCACCAUCAAGUGCUCUAAUCUUUGCACAGAGAUUGUACAGUAUUCAUCCCCAGAUGAGGUUGCUGUUUGUAAUUUGGCAUCCCUUGCUCUUAACAUGUAUGUUAAUCCAGAUAAGACCUACAACUUCUCAAAGCUGAAAGAGGUCACCAAGGUGGUCACUAAAAAUCUCAACAAGAUCAUUGAUGUGAACUUCUACCCCGUGGAAGAAGCUCGACUCUCUAACAUGCGACAUCGCCCCAUUGGAAUUGGCGUUCAAGGUUUGGCCGAUGCCUUCAUCCUCAUGAGAUAUCCCUUUGAUUCUGAGGAAGCCAAGCUCUUGAACAAACAAAUAUUUGAAACCAUGUACUACGGAGCCAUGGAGGCCAGCUGUGAACUGGCGGAGAAAGAAGGUCCGUACGAGACUUAUGAAGGAUCGCCAGUCAGUAAAGGAUUUUUCCAGUAUGACAUGUGGAAAGUGACCCCCACAGACCUUCAUGACUGGACUGCCCUCAAGGCUAAAGUGGCUAAGUUUGGUGUGCGUAACUCUCUGCUCCUUGCCCCCAUGCCUACUGCUUCCACUGCCCAGAUCCUUGGAAAUAAUGAAGCGAUUGAGGCGUUCACCUCUAACAUAUACACUCGAAGAGUGCUCUCAGGAGAGUUCCAGAUUGUCAACCAUCACCUCUUGCGAGACCUGACUGAGCUUGGACUGUGGGACGACAACACCAAGAAUGAGAUAAUUUCCCAUAAUGGUUCUGUCCAGAACAUUGCGAAAAUUCCAGAUGAUCUAAAGGCUUUGUAUAAGACAGUGUGGGAGAUUUCACAGAAGGUCGUUAUUCAGAUGGCAGCAGAUCGUGGGGCCUUCAUCGACCAGAGUCAGUCACUCAACAUACAUAUUGCAGAACCUAAUUAUGGCAAGCUGUCCUCCAUGCACUUUUAUGCUUGGAAAAGGGGAUUAAAGACUGGAAUGUAUUACCUCCGCACAAGGCCAGCUGCCAGUGCUAUUCAGUUUACAGUUGAUAAAACCAAGCUGAAAUCAACUGCUGGUGCCACUACUAAGAUCAAUGAAACAACAAAUGGAACUGUUAGUGGCAUUGCUACCAAUGUUUAAUAUUCUUGGGUGAUUUCUAAUGAAUUUACUCAAUCAACAGGGAUUAAAGACUGGAAUGUAUUACCUCCGCACAAGGCCAGCUGCCAGUGCUAUUCAGUUUACAGUUGAUAAAACCAAGCUGAAAUCAACUGCUGGUGCCACUACUAAGAUCAAUGAAACAACAAAUGGAACUGUUAUUGGCAUUGCUACCAAUGGUGAAGAGAAGAACAUGGCUGCCAUGGUGUGCUCGCUUGAGAACAAGGAUGACUGCUUUAUGUGUGGGUCAUAAAUUUGAACCUGCCAGAGAGUAUAUAAGGUGCAAGAAUUUGUUUUUAUUUUCUUUGCUUUAAUUAUGGAUCUAUAUUUUCAUGUACUAUUUAAGUUCCUCAUUAUACAAUCUGUGAUUUAUUUUUAUUCUCUUGCAUAUUAACCCUUUUGUCGGCUAUGUGUGUGGACCAAAUCUCGCUCAUAGACCGGCCAAUGACACUGCAAAAUUUAUAGAUUUAUAGAGAUGCAAAUUGGGUCAUCAGCCAGCUAAAGGGUUAAUAAUAUAUGUACAUAAAAGGUCAUAUUUUCAAUAGGAUAUCUGUGAACUGGCAACCUGUGGUUGAAAGUUGUGCUUCAUAUGUUUAAUUCAAUUAUUAUUUCUUUUUGUUCUCGUGCAAGGUAGCUGGAGUACAGCUGCUCCUCGACUUAUGACGGGGUUAGGUCGUUCGUUAACCGAAACCAUUCUUUCAAU